AUGAAGAUUCUUCUCUUUUUCUUUAUUCUGCUCUUUUGUUACUUCCUUCUUAUAGCCAAAAGGAAAUAUCCUGAGCAUGGUAACUUGGAUUUGAGGUGAGAAUGCAAGAGGGGUAAUGGUCAAUGUAGAAAUUAG